AUGUGGGGAGCCUCUACCGGAAAUACUCGAGCUGAACGCACCUGGCCCGAAGUAGGUUCACAAUUUGCUAGGGCAUGGAGGGCUUUCUUUUUCCGCCUGGAAAGAGUCCAUGGUCUCCAGCGUAAUAAUCCCAAUCAUUUAUGGCUCCUACAUACUCUCUUUCUGCCCUCAAUCAAUGAAGACUGUGAUUCCUUUGUCCGGAGCUGGAAUUCACAUCCUAUAUCAGGAAAGGGUCAUAAUAAGACUCCUAAUGAUAUGAGACUUCUAGGACAACUUGAGCAUGGAAUUUAUCCUGACAUCAAUGGCGGUGUCCAUCCAGAAGUUUUGCAGUACUAUAGGGUAGAAGAAAUGGAAGAUAAGGAAGAGGCGGAAAGGGUAGUGAUUGCCAACAUCAGAGAAGAGCAACAUUCCCAAUACUAUCAUGAGCCAGUGGCUGUCCCGAAACACAGCUCACCCUUCCAAGAGAACGGGAAAGAGGUAAAGAUGUUUGCCAGGCUUUUACAAGAACUGGAGUCUUCGGACUUUAUUCCCUCCAACUACAGACUAACACCAGGAGAAUGGGAAACGGGAAUUUAUCCUAUUUUUGAGACAAUACCUUUUGGGAAGAGGGGCAAUAGACGCCUUGAGGUUCCCCUUCCACCUCACAUCUGGCUAAAGCGGGCUAUUCAGUGGGUUAGAUGCUUAGUUAUAAUGGAUUCUAUCAUGGAUUCUAGGCAAUAA